AUGUCCUUUAAGACGCUUCCGGACGUCAGGGCUGUGAAAUUCGAUAUUCAAUAUGAGGAUCGCGAUAGUCUUGCACCGGGAUACUGGUUUGUCUCGCCAUACUUGCACAUGGACACCGACGAGCCCCAUACUCUGUAUGAGCAAUAUCAGAUCGGUCCCCAUAUCUACGAUCAAGAAGGACGUUUGGUAUGGACUGGAACAUCCUUCUUCGACAAUCGAAACACCUUCGACUUCAAAGUGGUCCAGAGCCUGGGCGAAGAGCCGCAUCUCUCUUUAAUUCGACAGUACAGCCACGACGCCGAAGAAGAUGGCGACCGCGGAUACGGUGUGAUUCUCAACAAUCAUUACGAAAUCACCCAUAUGCUCCCCUUGAGAGAAGACCUCGGGUGGUUUGAUAUCCAUGAGUUCAACGUCCUCAAGAAUGGGGAAACAGCGCUCGUUACCAACUAUUUAUCCCAAGAAAUCACCCUCGAGGCCUAUGGUCGGCCCACAGAGACAACUUGGCUGGAGUACGGCGGAUUCUCCGAGAUCGACUUAAAGACAGCAGAGAUCCUCUACCAUUGGAACUCAUUUGUGGAAAUCCCGUUGACUGAGAGUGUUCAUUACAAUCCGACCUCGAUGGUCGAGGCGCUUCCAGGAUGGGAUUACGUGCAUAUCAACUCUGUUGAUAAGAACGACAACGGCGAUUAUCUGAUUUCCAUGCGAUUCACAAACACAAUCUAUCUCAUUUCUGCACAGUCCGGCAGCAUCAUGUGGCGUCUCGGCGGACUUGCGGGGAACACCAGCGACUUUAUACAAGACUUCACCUUUUCAAAACAACAUGACGCUAAAUUCAUUUCUUCCGAAGGCACACGCCACGUCAUUUCGAUCCUGAACAAUGCAUCGGACGAGGAGUUUCAAUCAGAGGAUGUCUCCUCCGCUUUGAUCGUGGAGAUUGAAGCUGGUACAGAGCCCAAGACCGCUCACAUUUUACACCGUUACGAACGCCCCGACAAGAGCCUUACUCGAUUGCGCGGCAACUCCCAGGUGCUCCCCAACAAGAACAUGUUUGCGUGCUGGAGUAAGGGUGGCUAUAUAUCGGAGUACGCGGAGGAUGGUAGACUCCUGAUGUCCGCCCAGUUCACCUCCCCUCGCUACUCCAAUUACCGAGCCUACAAGUUCGAAUUCACCGGUCGUCCCAACACCCCGCCUGACCUCGUGGCAUCUGUUUAUGGUACCGACGAGGCAAACAUGGUGACCACCGUGUAUGUCAGCUGGAACGGUGCCACCGAUAUCGCGGAGUGGCAAUUUUAUGCCCAGGCUUCCGAGUUCGACGAGCGCGUGCCCAUUGGCAGGAUCGCCAAAACCGAUUUCGAGACCAUGUUCAUCGCCAAGGGCUUCAUGGACUGGAUCUCGGUCGAGGCUGUCGAUGCUAGUGGCGCUGUGCUGGGAACCUCUGACAUCCACCGGUCAGCGUAUCCUGAUUGGCAAGCCGUUGGAUACCCCGGAAUCUCCGGCCUCCCCAGGCCGAACGAUCCGGCAGGGCUGCACGUUGGCGUGGGAGCUUCGCUGAACGAGACCAGUGACGAAGAGAAUAUCCCCUCGUCGACUAAUGCGAUGGCCGAUGCUGAGCUCAGAAAGGCCACCCACAUCCUCUCUAGCGCCUACGAGACUAUGCGCAAGGUCGGUGGGAUCCUCGCGCUUAUCAUUCUCCUGGGUGGCAUGGCGGGCGUCAUGGCUUGCUUUAUGUUGAUUCGUGGCUGGCGGGUCCGGCUGUAUCAACGCGUUCGAUUAGAGGACGGGCUACCAGAAGAACAAACUCAUCUUCGGCCUGAGAUGGCCGAGUGA